CGCCCGCGAGCCGUGAGCGCUGAUUGGCUGCACCGAGGCGGCGGGCGGCCCGCCGGCGCACACACCCUCCCCGCACAGCCAAUGGGCGUGCGCACGUCACGGACCUGGAGGCCCGCGGGCCGGCAGCCCUUCAAUAAGCCACAUUGUUGCACGAAACUCCAGCGCAGGAGUCCUGGGCCGCCGCGGGCAACGUCGUGUCACUCAGCUAAGAAGAUCUGCGGACUGGAGCCACGCGCGUGUGAGCCGAAAGGUCCCAUUGCCCAAGUGGAGCCGGGCUGCGAUUCUUCUCAAGUUGAGGCUCAGUGAGCCUGUGGCCGAAGUUAGCGCCUUGACGUGGGACAACUCGACACGUCGCCAGGAGGGUACUGAGGCGCCUUCUAGCAGUUGAGACACCAAAACGCCGUCUCCAGAGACCCGCGCCCCACGCCAGCCGGGCGUACCCUCGCCGUUAGCAUUCUUUGUGCGCCGCCAGGACUCCCAGCACCCCGCCAGGCAGCCGAGCCGCGGCUGCACAAAGCAGCCGAACCGCGCCGCCCGCCUCCCCACACGCGCCCCCGCCUCGGUUUCCCAACUCUGCGCCGUCGGGCAGCGGCAAGAUGAUUGCCUCGCAUCUGCUCGCCUACUUCUUCACGGAGCUCAACCACGACCAAGUGCAGAAGGUUGACCAGUAUCUCUACCACAUGCGCCUCUCUGAUGAGACCCUUUUGGAGAUUUCUAAGCGGUUCCGCAAGGAGAUGGAGAAAGGGCUUGGAGCCACCACCCACCCCACUGCAGCAGUGAAGAUGCUGCCCACCUUUGUGAGGUCCACUCCAGACGGGACAGAACACGGAGAGUUCCUGGCUCUGGACCUUGGAGGGACCAACUUCCGUGUGCUUCGGGUGAAAGUAACCGACAAUGGGCUCCAGAAGGUGGAGAUGGAGAACCAGAUCUAUGCCAUCCCCGAGGACAUCAUGCGAGGCAGUGGCACCCAGCUGUUUGACCACAUUGCUGAAUGCCUGGCUAACUUCAUGGAUAAGCUACAAAUCAAAGACAAGAAGCUCCCAUUGGGUUUUACCUUCUCGUUCCCUUGCCACCAGACUAAACUAGACGAGAGUUUCCUGGUCUCAUGGACCAAGGGCUUCAAGUCCAGUGGAGUGGAAGGCAGAGACGUUGUGGCUCUGAUCCGGAAGGCCAUCCAGCGGAGAGGGGAUUUUGAUAUCGACAUUGUGGCUGUGGUGAAUGACACAGUUGGGACCAUGAUGACCUGUGGUUAUGAUGACCACAACUGUGAGAUUGGUCUUAUUGUGGGCACGGGCAGCAACGCCUGCUACAUGGAAGAGAUGCGCCACAUCGACAUGGUGGAGGGCGACGAGGGGCGGAUGUGUAUCAACAUGGAGUGGGGGGCCUUUGGGGACGAUGGCUCGCUCAAUGACAUUCGCACUGAGUUUGACCAGGAGAUUGACAUGGGCUCACUGAACCCUGGGAAGCAACUGUUUGAAAAGAUGAUCAGUGGGAUGUACAUGGGGGAGCUGGUGAGGCUUAUCCUGGUGAAGAUGGCCAAGGAGGAGCUGCUCUUUGGGGGGAAGCUCAGCCCAGAGCUCCUCAAAACUGGUCGCUUUGAGACCAAAGACAUCUCAGACAUUGAAGGGGAGAAGGAUGGCAUCCGGAAAGCCCGUGAGGUCCUGAUGCGAUUGGGCUUGGAUCCGACGCAGGAGGACUGCGUGGCCACUCACCGGAUCUGUCAGAUCGUGUCCACACGCUCGGCCAGCCUGUGCGCAGCCACCCUGGCCGCUGUGCUGCAGCGCAUCAAGGAGAACAAGGGCGAGGAGCGGCUGCGCUCCACCAUUGGGGUUGACGGCUCUGUCUACAAGAAACACCCCCAUUUUGCCAAGCGUCUACACAAGACUGUGCGGCGGCUGGUGCCCGACUGUGAUGUCCGCUUCCUCCGCUCCGAGGAUGGUAGUGGCAAAGGUGCAGCCAUGGUGACGGCGGUGGCUUACCGGCUGGCCGAUCAACACCGUGCUCGCCAGAAGACACUAGAGCCUCUGAAGCUGAGCCGUGAGCAGCUGUUGGAGGUCAAAAGGAGGAUGAAGGUAGAAAUGGAGCGAGGUCUGAGCAAGGAGACUCAUGCCAUUGCCCCUGUCAAGAUGCUGCCCACCUACGUGUGUGCCACCCCUGAUGGCACAGAGAAAGGGGACUUCUUGGCCUUGGACCUUGGAGGAACAAACUUCCGGGUCCUGCUGGUGCGUGUUCGGAACGGGAAGUGGGGUGGAGUGGAGAUGCACAACAAGAUCUACGCUAUCCCGCAGGAGGUCAUGCAUGGCACCGGGGACGAGCUCUUUGACCACAUUGUCCAGUGCAUCGCUGACUUCCUCGAGUAUAUGGGCAUGAAGGGCGUGUCCCUGCCUCUGGGUUUUACCUUCUCCUUCCCCUGCCAGCAGAACAGCCUGGAUGAGAGCAUCCUCCUCAAGUGGACAAAAGGUUUCAAGGCGUCUGGCUGCGAGGGUGAGGACGUGGUGACCCUGCUGAAGGAAGCGAUCCACCGGCGAGAGGAGUUUGACCUGGAUGUGGUUGCUGUGGUGAACGAUACAGUCGGAACUAUGAUGACCUGUGGCUUUGAAGACCCUCACUGUGAAGUUGGCCUCAUUGUUGGCACAGGCAGCAAUGCCUGCUACAUGGAGGAGAUGCGCAAUGUGGAACUGGUGGAAGGAGAAGAGGGGCGGAUGUGUGUGAACAUGGAAUGGGGGGCCUUCGGGGACAAUGGAUGCCUAGAUGACUUCCGCACGGAAUUUGAUGUGGCUGUGGAUGAGCUUUCACUCAACCCUGGCAAGCAGAGGUACGAGAAAAUGAUCAGUGGAAUGUACCUGGGUGAGAUUGUCCGUAACAUUCUCAUCGAUUUCACCAAGCGUGGGCUGCUCUUCCGAGGCCGCAUCUCAGAGCGGCUCAAGACAAGGGGCAUCUUUGAAACCAAGUUCUUGUCUCAGAUUGAGAGUGACUGCCUGGCCCUGCUGCAAGUCCGAGCCAUCCUGCAACACUUGGGCCUCGAGAGCACCUGUGACGACAGCAUCAUCGUUAAGGAGGUGUGCACUGUGGUGGCCCGGCGGGCAGCCCAGCUCUGUGGCGCAGGCAUGGCCGCCGUGGUGGACAAGAUACGAGAAAACCGUGGGCUGGACACUCUCAAAGUGACAGUGGGUGUGGAUGGGACCCUCUACAAGCUACAUCCUCACUUUGCCAAAGUCAUGCAUGAGACAGUGAAGGACCUAGCUCCAAAAUGUGAUGUGUCUUUCCUGCAGUCAGAAGAUGGCAGUGGGAAGGGGGCGGCGCUCAUCACUGCUGUGGCCUGCCGCAUCCGUGAGGCUGGACAACGAUAGAACCCCUGAAAUCUGAAGGGACUUCCUUUUUCUCUCCCUCUUCUCUGUUUUAAAUUAUAAUAUGUCAUCCCCUCGUGUCGGAAACAGACCCUUUGGCUUUUCCUUGGCAGAGAGGACCCCAUUGGACUGGGUUUUGUCUCUGCAUCUCCUCAUUAUAGAGCUUGGUGCCCGAGCUUGGCCCUACUGAGAUACAGUUCCAA